CGCACAAGGAGUGACGUGAUUGCAGCUCUACGCUCCGAUUAGGCGGAUGUACUUUACAUGGAAUAUCAAGCAUAUUUUGCUAGUUAUGUGUUCCAUCUUUUGGAACCAGCUGGCUAUCGCUUAUCUUCAAGUUACUUGCCACCCAGUUCUCGUUACGGUGGCCCAUCUCCGUCAAGUACUUAUCUGCCUGCCAGCAGCAGCAGUAGCCGUCUUCAAAACACCUACUCAGCAUCUCAAAACAAUUACCAGCACCAAUCUAGCUACCGACGUAGCCAGAGCAGCUACCAAGCACCAAGUUACCAAUCUAGCCAGGAUUAUAACAGCGUGUCGGCGAGCACCUAUUUGCCGCCCAGCAACAGAAACCAGAGUUUCUCCGCGCUCCCGAGUAGAUAUGUUCCUGCACCGCCAAAAGAUACGUAUUUCUUGCCCGAGGUAGUCAAGGCGCAAAAUUUCAAUGCACUUUCCACUUCCUAUGGUGUACCCGAGUACAAUGACGCCCAUUUGAGAGACUACCACCACCACAAUCACGAAGUGAGUUGA